AUAGAUAUUAAUAUUUACACACACACACUAGACAUGCAGACUGCUUCUACAAAGAUUUGUGAAAGGCUCAGUGAAUUAAAGCGCAGUACCGUGAUAGGUUGCCACCUGUGCAAUAAGUCCAUCCGUGAAAUUUCCUUGCUACUAAAUAUUCCAUCGUCAAGUUAGUGGUAUUAUGACAAAGUGGAAGCAACUGGGAACAAAAGCAACUCAACCACGAAGUGGUAUGUUACAUAAAAUGACAGAGCGUGGUCAGAGCAUACUGAAGUGCCAACUGUCUGCAGAGUCAAUAGCUAAAGACCUCCAAACUUUGUGUGGCCUUCAGAUUAGUACAACAACAGUGUGUAGAGAGCUUCAUGGAAUGGGUUUCCAUGGCCAAGCAGCUGCAUCCAAGCCUUACAUCACCAAGUGGAAUGUAAAGCAUCGGAUGCAGUGGUGUAAAGUACGCCACCACUGGACUCUAGAGCAGUACUUGUCUGACUGCAUUGUGCCAAGUAAAGUU